UUGGCUCAUUCCGGUUCUGUUCCCUCCCCAGUUGAUUCUCCAGCUUCCUCCAGCUCUGGGACGCUCACCCAGUACCACACCCCCGACUCCGCCACUAGCCCCACGGCAGCAGGGUCCCCGUCUCCCCACUCCUCCGCGCAGAAGGUCAAGGCGCAAGGCAAGGGUGGCGUGAAGAGCAAGAGCCGCACAGCCUUCUCUCAGGAGCAGCUGAGAGCCCUACACCAGCGCUUCCAGAACCAGAAGUACCUCAGCCCCCAGCAGAUCCGGGAGCUGGCUGCCGCCCUUGAGCUCACCUACAAGCAGGUGAAAACGUGGUUUCAGAAUCAACGGAUGAAAUUUAAGCGUUGCCAAAAGGAAAGCCAGUGGGUGGAUAAAGGGAUGUAUCUACCGCAGAAUGCGGCUCAUCAGGCUGCCUACCUGGACAUGGCACCCGCGUUUCACCAGGUCUUCCCUGUCGGCGGCACCACCAGGAGCUUCCAGGCUGUGCACAACGUGCACCAGGCAUACAGCAGUGGACAGUCUUAUGGGAAUGGGCAAAAUCUGUACUCAUUCGUGUCUGUGGAGGAUGUGGAGAGUGUGGGGCUCUUUGGAAAAGGUGGGACGAGCUGCAAUACCCAGCAAACCGUGGGUUUAUUAAGCCAGCAAAUGAACUUUUAUCGCAGCUGCUUUGACAAUGUAGAUUAUGUCAGCGUGGAGGUAGAAGACACCUUCAACUUCCAGAACACGUCUGACAAUGUCACACCGUAUUCAAGCUCUCCUAUAGAGAAUCAAUGCCAGUUACCUUGGCAUCCCAUGGGAAACCAGAGUGGGUAUGAGUCUCAGGUUUGAGUAUUUUUUUUCUCCCAUCUCUUGUGUUUACCCAUGGGAUUUCCAGGGUUUUGACUCAGGAAUACAUGUUCUAUUCUUUUUUUCUUGCCCCUCCUCCACUACUGUUGUUUUUAUAACUGGAGGGGCUCAGCACUCUGCUGCCUGAGGCUAGUUUCCCGUUUCAGUGUGCCUGUCUGCUCAUAGCUAACCCUGGGCAAAGAUGCUUUGGGUAUUGAUGCGAUUCAACCUCAUUCUUUGAGGCCAGUGUGCAAUGUUGCAGCUAUGAGCAGCAGAGGUUGUUAAGGUCUGUUUGUUCAAGUCUCACCACCUUUGCUGUCUCUCUAGCAGGUGAUCUCUGAUCCUUGCCCUGUGUGUCUUGCAGCAGUUUCCACUGCAAAGGAGGUGAAUAUUUGUUGUUGCAGAAUAAUUUUUCAUAAAGUUCAUGUCCAUGUUUUAUUUUAUUGUUUUUCUGCUUAAUGUUCAGUGUUCUUAAUGUUAAUGUUCUUACA